CUAUUAUUAUAAUCAAGAGAUGGAAAGUUACAAAUAUACAUGUCAUUACAUGAAAAGGCAAUGCCAUUGCUUUGUCUUAUCAAAGAAAAAGAAAAAGAGCUUGGACGGUUAAAAAACUCUUAUAAAAGCUGGCCACUAUCCUCAAGAGAGAGUGAGACUUGAAACAUGGGCAUGUCAUGUGGCCAUUUUUUUCUCAUCUUCUCUUCACUCUCUAUCUUCUCUCCCAUUCAUGUUCUCUCAAUGCAACCCUACCAAACCAACAACUACGAGGGCUCAUCUGAGCUAGUGGACCUUGUAUACCACAUGGGCCCAGUCCUAGCAUCCCCCAUCAACCUCUACACUAUAUGGUAUGGCCAUUGGAAUGUGGCCCACCAAGCCAUCAUCAGAGAUUUCCUCCUUUCACUUUCAUCAUCAUCAGUAGCAUUUCCUUCUGUCUCCGACUGGUGGCGCACCGUCCGGCUCUACGCAGACCAGACCGGAGCAAAUAUCACUGAUGACAUUGUCCUUGCCGGCGAGCAUUACGACUGGGACUACUCCCAUGGAAAGUACCUCACACGCCUCGUGAUCCAAUCCGUUAUCAAGGCUGCUGUUGGCACGUAUCAAGGCGCAUUGCCGCUCGAUGCCCGUAACGGACUUUACUUAGUACUAACAUCGCCGGAUGUCCGAGUCCAGGACUUCUGUCGGGCGGUAUGUGGAUUCCACUACUUCACUUUCCCGUUGAUCGCCGGUGCAACGGUACCAUAUGCAUGGAUUGGCCAUAGUGGGACCCAGUGCCCAGGGACAUGUGCUUAUCCAUUUGCAUGGCCUAAGUAUGUAGAUGGGCCGGCGGGCGCUCGUGGUGAUGCAACUAGGGAGGUGAUGGGCCCCCCUAACGGGGACGUCGGGGUAGACGGUAUGGUGAGCGUGAUUGCACAUGAAUUAGCAGAGAUGGCAAGUAAUCCUCUUAUCAAUGCAUGGUAUGCUGGCGAUGAUCCGACGGCACCAACAGAGAUCGCCGACUUGUGUGUAGGUGUGUAUGGUUCAGGUGGGGGUGGGGGAUAUGUGGGCAUGGUGCAUAGGGACCCACAUGGGAAGGGCUACAAUGUGAAUGGUGUGAAGGGCAGGAAGUUCAUGGUGCAAUGGGUGUGGAACCCUGUUAGGAAUAGAUGCUUUGGGCCUAAUGCUCUUGAUUAGAAUUUGGGAGCCCUAAGGUCUGUUUGGGUGACAUCCUAAAGUGAUUUAUUUUUUUAAUUUUCCAGCCAGGCACUCUUGUGUGGGAUUCAGAACGUCCAUGUGCUGAGCCUUGUGUUGGAAGUAUGAUGCCUCAAAUAUCAGCCUCAUCUGGCAUUUAGUUGGGCCAUACUUGUAAGGCACAUCCUAACCGUUGGUACAAGUUUAUCUAAGGUGUGGCCCACCUGAUGCUAUUGUGGGAGAAGCUGGUUAAAUCCAUUUUAAGGUGGAACCAAAGAACACCCUCAUGAGAGAAGCAUGACUUAGGCUCCAAUCUCAUUCAAGAACGGUGGAAGGUUGUUUUUGCAUGGGUUUUGAUGCGGUGCACCCCAUCCACAUGUAGCUAUGAUAUAUGUGAGCUUCCCAGCCGCCACGCCACAAUGGGUACUUGAACCCAUGAACUUAGUGUUGAAACUCUUUUGAGCUUCUCAGCCUUACAAGUUGCAUUUACCUCAAAUCCUAACCACCCAAAUAGUGGGCGGUUCGGAUUUGAGGUAAAUGACACGUGUAGGGUAAGGGAAGCUCAACUACAUUCUACAUGGGCCACAUGGUCUGGAGUCCUGUAGAUGGAAUGAUGAGCUUUUCUCAGUAGAUAUGAUAUGGUGGGAGGGUGUGUAUAUGCUUUCUAUUUCUUUUGUGCGGAUCAUGAUGUUUGUUAGUUCUUGUAUACUUCGAAUUUUAAAACGAAUGAGCGAUUCUGUGUAUAUAAACCAUCUUUGCACUUUAACCAAUUGUAUUCCCAUCUAAGGUGAAA